AGAUGGAAGAACAGGGGACUUACAAGAGUUAAAGCAAAGAAGAACUUCAUGCACCCUUUCAGAGUUCAGACACGACCAGUCCAUUCCUGAUUGCUCCAUAAUAAUUACCUACAAAAGUGAAAGAAGUCUGAGAACAGAGGAAUAGAGGCCGGUCUUCAAGGGAACAAUGUGUAUAGCAGCUUUCGUCUGGCUCUCUCACCCUCUCUACGCUUUGAUCCUCCUGCAGAACAGAGAUGAAUACCAUGACAGGCCAACGAAACCAGUGGGAUGGUGGGAAGAGAGCGAGAUACUGGGAGGGAGAGAUGAGGUGGCAGGAGGGACAUGGUUGGCUUGUUCCAGAGGGGGAAGAGUGGCUUUCCUCACCAGUGUCUUGGAGCUUCAUACCCUCCCGGAGGCUCGGAGCAGGGGUGACCUCCCGGUGCUCUUCCUAGAGGGUACAAAAAGUCCAAAGGAAUUUGCGGAAGAGCUGGUGAAAGAGGCCCAUCAAUACAAUGGCUUCAAUCUUAUAGUGGCCGACCUUCACUCCAAUACAAUGAUGUACAUCUCAAACCGCCCGAAAGGAGAUGCCGUUACCGUUCAAGAAGUUUCCCCGGGCAUUCAUGUGCUCUCAAAUGCAAAGCUAGACUCUCCAUGGCAUAAGGCUAAGCGCCUGCAACAGAACUUCGAGGAACUGCUCAGAAAGUGCAGAAACGAUGAGUUACCCGUCAAGGAGAUGGUGGAGAAAUUAAUGAGAGACACCGUGAAAGCUGACAAAAGCACUUUACCUCGUAUAUGCUCCGCAGACUGGGAACUCAAUCUAAGCUCCAUAUAUGUUGAGGUUGACACCCCACUGGGACGUUAUGGGACUCGGAGUACAGCUCUUCUGACAGUAAAAGCAAAUGGAGAAGUGAGCUUCUAUGAGAAGUAUCUUGAGGAGGGUAUGUGGAAGGAGAAAGAUGUGAAAUAUUACAUGAAGCAGCUAAAGUCGAGUGUAGUAUCACCAUGAAUGGGGUUUCUCUCAUCCAAUCGAUCUGCAAAGUGAAAAAGUGGGAAUUCCUGUUGGACAUAACAGUUGCUAAGGUCAUUGGAAUUGAUUGAUAAAAAAUAUCCCUUUGCAUUCUUAUUACAUCAUAUCAGCAAUCAUGUAUGAACAACAAGGUGAGUUAACUCUCAUAAAGGGGUUUUUCAAGAAUCGAUACGUACCUACUUUUUGAUUAUAUCAUCGACCUUCCCAGCUCGUUGGAUGUCUGAGAUUUAUAAUCAAAUGAACUAUUGCUGCUGUCCA